AUGUCUACAAACCCAGCAGCACGGCCGGGGGACUCGGGGACUACUUCCCUCAGAACGCCAUUGAGGGCCAUUUCCCCACCGACGCAAAAGCAAGUUCGGCGGAGGAGCUCGUUCAUACUUCGCGGUGACUCGUCGGAAGAUUACCCAAGUCCGCACGAGUCGAUAUUUGAAGCCUAUUUCGUCUCGGCCGCGAACAGUGAGGAAAGCAACCAUAAAAUCGAAUUGGUUUCCAUCGCACAACACAAUCCGGGUGCGGAGAACGAGCCUGCAGGGACCGCUGAAAACAGCAGACAGCUAACAGGACCAGCUGGUACACUCCCAAUCGCCGACGUCGAGUUCCGAUAUGGCCGGGGCACCGUUCUCGAGACAAUCGCGGAGCAGAAGAGCUCAAACACUAUGAGGACGCUUGCGCGGGCGAAGUCGGCGGAUGGCUUCCCAAAGAUUCCUUUCCUCAAUCAUUGCGACAGUUUUGAGGUGGCAAAGAGUCCACGUCGAAAGCAAUCCUUCAGUGUCGAUGAUCUCGCCUUGAUUCAACGAAAUUACCACGAAGCAUGCGCCAUGAUCGAGCGUGAAACACGCAAGCCGUUGCCAGUACACGAAAUAUAUGCUCAACCAAAAAACCCGAUCCAUGCUCCAGUAUACCGCCCUCCGACUCCUCCGGGGAUGCCGUCUUGGACUGCUGCACAGAAUCUUCCACGACAGACUGGAGGCUCAAAUAACACACCUGGUGUUCAAAAUCGCCUUCAGAGAUUCUUGAAUCUUCCCGCCUCUGGAAUCACCUUCUCAUCUCGCGUUCCAACAAGAACCGUGUCUACUCCGCUUCCGAGUCGGGUCGCACCACGGUUCCGACCUCCACGAAGUGCAUACGGACCUAUUAAUCGACACCCCUUCGUCACCGCUCCCGUUGCCAAGGCCAACCAAAUGCCUCCAUCGCCCACUGGCAAACGCAAGCUAGGAAAACGGGUACGAUUCACGCCGUCUGCCACAGCCAGAGAUUCGGAGAUGGCCUCACUUCAAACAGCAAUAAUGACCACCAGUUCUUCAGCUAUGCAUCCACUAGCUCCAGUACAAGUCUCCCCGGAUAUUGCUCAUAGUCUCCCAACACCACGCUGUCCACAUCGUAAAGGUCGGCGGGAGGUAGUUAAAAUGCUCAGAAACAGCCUUAACCGCGACAAUACGGUUCCGCCCAGCAAUGAAUACCUGACCCUCAGCGAUCAAUCGCCCCCUCGUUCAAGCUCGACUUUAUUUCCUCAAACUUCAACGCCUAUCUUGUCACCGACAUAUCCACUCUCUCUCCCUUCUUCGAGACAGGCUUCCCUCAACACAGCAGAUACUCCUUUUUCUGAUUCCCAACCCAGCCGCACAACAUCCUUCUCCUCCACGGCACACCUGCUUGCCAGAAUUGGCAGGUCAUCAUCUCCUACGCCGAGUUCAUUAAACCCGACCAGCCCCGGCAGCACAGCUUCAACGAAAGAAACUUGGUGCUGGAAAUGUAGUGUAGAGAAGGGCAUCAAAAAAAUUGAUCAUUGCUGGAUGCAGAGUGCCAGCUGCAUGUGUACCGUUUGCUUCGGUGUCGAUGUCGAUGACGAUAUGAGUCUUCACCAUAGUGCUGGUGCAGCUCACGCCAGCCGCCACCUAGUGCCGGGUGGGCUGCCUGGACAGGAAAUUGUUGGGCCGAGGAGAGUGGUUUUGGAGCAUACACCUGUUGUUAUGCCCUGA